ACAAAAUAAAACUUGAAUAAACAUCAUUUCCGAGUAAACGUUAGAAACGGAUAGUAAAAAACAAAAAGGUGGACGUCCCACAUGUGCAUAACGUUUAGGCAAAAACAACUUUCAAAAUAUUAUAAUCAGUGUUUGGUCACGUGAUUCGGGUCGAAAGUUUUGCGGGAAUCAACAUGGCGAACGAGAUGACCGCUCCAGCGCUGGACGCGGUGCAAUGUCCCGUUUGUUUUAAAGACUUUAAUGCUGCCACAAUUAAUGGACACCUCGACGUGUGUCUGCUGAAAAGCGUUACCGACAGCAGUCCGUCGACGACGGACGAAAGCGAGCCUCCAAUGAAGAAAUCUCGCAUUAAUGCGCAGGCUGAGCCACCCAGCCCCGAGACCAACAACACUGUGGCUAGCUCUUCCUCAAUGGCUGGUGCGCCGUCGUCUUCGGUGUUUUCUCUUUUUCAGACCAACAAGAGUAAAGUUUUAGUCCAAGGUGAACGAAACGGGUUAUUUUCAAGUAAACAAUCUGCGGUCACUGCUGUCAACAAGGGAGUUAAACGUAAUUUGCUGGGCGAGGCAGAACCAGGACCAGCUGCGGGUACCGAAGCAUCUGAAGAGCCAGCCCUCUGCAAUAAACGGACAUACUUUGAAGACGUCACUGAGUUAUCACCACGGACACUGCUAACCAUAAACAAGCCUCUGGCGGAGAUACUGAGACCAAACACACUGGAGGAAUACUUUGGUCAAAGUAAAGUUGUGGGCCAGCAAACACUGCUCCGGACACUUCUGGACUCCCAGGAGAUCCCGUCGCUGAUCCUCUGGGGACCACCGGGGUGCGGAAAGACCACUCUGGCUCACAUAAUUGCCAGCACCAGUAAACAGAAGGGAACAGCUCGUUUUGUUUCUCUGUCUGCCACCAGCGCAUCCAUCAAUGACGUCCGAGAGGUGAUCAAGCACGCGCAGAAUGAGCUCCGACUGUGCAAGAGGAGGACCAUCCUGUUCAUUGAUGAAAUUCAUCGCUUCAACAAAUCCCAACAGGACACCUUCCUUCCUCACGUGGAGUGCGGGACGUUAACACUGAUCGGGGCAACCACAGAAAAUCCGUCCUUCCAGGUGAACGCUGCCCUGCUGAGCAGGUGCAGGGUGCUGGUUCUGGAGAAGCUCUCGGUGGAAGCGAUGGGCUCGAUCCUAAACAGGGCCGUGGCCACACUAGGGAUCAAAGUCCUGGCACAAGACCCGGCAAAUCCCAAAGAUCAAGACCAAUCAGAUGAACAUGAGCCAAAGAUUUUCAUUGAGCAAAAAGCUCUGGACACUGCAGCCUACUUUUGUGAUGGUGACGCAAGAGCAGGACUCAAUAGUCUCCAGCUGGCUGUUCAGGCUCAGAUGAGCUUGGCCCGGCCCAACCCGUCGGGACAAGAUGGUUCUCAGGAAAUACUGGUGAAGGAGGAGCACAUCAAGGAAGGUCUUCAGAGGUCCCAUAUUCUCUAUGAUAAAGCUGGCGAAGAGCAUUACAACUGUAUCUCAGCGUUGCACAAGUCCAUGAGAGGCUCCGAUGAGAAUGCGUCUCUGUACUGGCUGGGCCGCAUGCUGGAGGGCGGCGAGGAUCCUCUCUACGUGGCUCGCAGACUGGUCCGCUUUGCCAGCGAGGAUGUGGGUAUGGCGGACUCCUCCGCUCUUCCUCAGGCCGUGUCAGCUUUCCAAGCCUGUCACUUCAUUGGGAUGCCUGAAUGCGAGGUGAUCCUGGCGCAGUGUGUAGUCUAUCUGGCACGAACACCCAAGUCUGUGGAUAUCUACAAGGCCUAUGCGAAUGUGAAAGCUUGUUUGAGGAACCACAAAGGGCCCCUGCCUUCUGUCCCCCUGCACCUUCGCAACGCUUCCUCCACACUGAUGAAACAACUGGGCUACGCUAAAGGCUACAAAUACAACCCGUCCUUCAGCGGCCCUGUAGAACAGAAGUACUUACCUGACGAGCUGCAGGGCAUCGACUUCUUCACCUGGACACCUUCGGACACAUGAGGAUCUGUUGCUAUGAAUGACGCAGCUUGCUGUAAUCGGUUAAAACCAAGGCUGCAAUCCCGUCAAAUGAUCACUUGUUGGGAUAUAAUCUUAGUUUUAUGUAGCUGCUAAAAGAAAGUUACAGUUAGGACUUACGUUUAUUUUUCAAUAAUUGAUUAUUUGCAAAGAAGAAUGACCCAUCAGUUAACCAUGUUAUAUUCAAAUGUCCGUCCAAUUUCACUUUAGUCUGUUUUUUAAUACAUUGUAUAGGAAACACUAAUUAUUAGCAGUUAAUUUACUUAAGGACUAAAGUCCUUUAUCUGUUCCAAUAAAUACAAAUAACAUACAUAGUCUUUUUCCAUAACAGGUAAUCAAAUGUUUACUAUGGUAAAUAUGUGUUCAUUGGUUUAAUUUUAUUCUGUCCUUGUAACAUUGCCAAGAAUUGUUUAAACUGAUUUAAAUGUUUGUUUCUUUACGGUAUAAAUAUAUAUUUUCUUUAUAAUCUGUAUAUAUUUUUGAUGAAUUACAAGACAAAUAUAAUAUUAAAAUGUCAUUCUACAGUU